AUGGCUAAAGCUACUACAAUAAAAGAAGCUAUAAAGAAAUGGGAGGAAAAAUCAGGUGAACAAGCGGCUACGGCCACUGAAGUCAGUUUAAUGUUUCAAUGGCCUCCUAUUGAAAAAAUGGACAAUACUCUCGCUACUUUGACCAACUGCGAAAAACUGAGUUUGUCAACGAACAUGAUUGAAAAAGUAACCGGAUUGAAUACGUUUAAAAAAUUACGUGUAUUAUCCUUGGGACGGAAUUAUAUUAAAUCAUUUACUGGCAUGGAGUCAUUGGGUGACAGCCUAGAAGAAUUGUGGAUAUCAUACAAUUUGAUUGAAAAACUAAAAGGAAUUCAUGUAUUGAGGAGUUUGAAAGUGUUAUUAAUGAGCAAUAAUUUGGUCAAAGAGUGGAGCGAGUUCAAUAAGUUGCAGGAACUACCUCAUUUAGAAGAUCUACUGUUCGUUGGGAAUCCUUUAUAUGACGGUUGUGAAUUGGAAGCAUGGCGUUCUGAAGCGGCCCGCAGACUUCCAAAUCUGAAGAAAUUGGACGGCGAGACGGUACUUAGAGAGGAUGAGCCGCCAUUAACGGUUGCAGACAUGCAGCCUGACUGUGGAGAUGGCGUUGAAACCUUGGUCAGUGCGGAGACCAACGAUUGA